UCGGUUAUACGCUGUUUAUGCCAAAGGGUCGCACACGUGUGUAUUAAUCGUUUUUAAAUCUUUGCAGUGUUUCCGUUCUUAUUCAAAAAACGUCGCGAUGAAUCACGUGAUGGCUGUGAUGUUAGCCRCCUCGGUGACGUUGGCCACGUGCACCACCGUGUCAUCGAUCGACAAGUCUCGGACCAGUGAAAACGACCACAAGGCAGAUGGCAAGCAGAAACGCGGCACGUGGGGCCUAGGAUAUGGCGGUGGUAAUGGAUUCUACGACGAAGGAUUGAGCUAUGGCACUCUCGGUGGUUACGGGUUGGGCAGCGCCAUCGGGAGUGGUUACGGAGGUUACAGUUACGGGGGUUUUGGUUAUGCACCGCGCCACUACCCUACUCACGUGCACACGGCCACGACAAUUACCAAGAGCGUUCCGGUACCGCAACCAUACCCGGUGACCGUCGAGAAGCAUGUUCCUUACCCGGUGGCCGCUCCGUACCCGGUUGAGGUUCCCAGACCGUACCCGGUGGCCGUGCCCAAGCCGUACCCAGUGUCCGUAGAUAGGCCGUACCCCGUGCACGUGGACAGGCCGUACCCGGUACCGGUGCCCCAUCCAGUCGCCGUGCCAGUGGUCAAGCACGUGGGCGUCCCGGUGCCGCACCCGUACCCAGUUGAGGUCCGCCGGCCGUAUCCCGCGUUGCCACUUCCCUAUCACAAGCCSCUGUACUCAGACCAUGACUUGUGGUGAACAGAGCAGCCCAGCGACUUGAGCAUCGUUCGUU